ACAGCUGAUCUGCGGCUGUGGAAGAAUGGAGUCUGAGGACAGAAGAGGGUUUAGAGGGAAAAGGAAGAAGCUCAUGUUUGAUCUGAGGCUGAAACACGAACGAAACAAAGGAAGUCACCAUGUUGUCCGCUCGCGCCGCUCUGUCCGUGAAGAAUGAGAAGUCAGUGACCAGACAGAUGAGCGGUCUGUGUGUGGACAAAGAAAACACGCCUCCCAGCCUCACCAACACCCGGAUCUUGGCGUCGAAAACCGCGCGUAAAAUCUUCGACGAUGCGACGCCCAAAUCGGUGAAGAAGAGCAGCAGCUCGGCAGAGGAGGAGGAGCCUCUGCUGAAGGACAACCCCCGCCGCUUCGUCAUCUUCCCCAUCCAGUACCACGACAUCUGGCAGAUGUACAAGAAGGCCGAGGCGUCUUUCUGGACGGCAGAGGAGGUGGAUCUGUCCAAGGACCUGCAGCACUGGGACUCUCUGAAGGACGACGAGAGGUACUUCAUCUCGCACGUGUUGGCGUUCUUCGCCGCCAGUGACGGCAUCGUCAACGAGAAUCUGGUGGAGCGCUUCACGCAGGAAGUGCAGGUGACGGAGGCUCGCUGUUUCUACGGUUUCCAGAUCGCCAUGGAGAACAUCCACUCGGAGAUGUACAGCCUCCUGAUCGACACCUACAUCAAGGAUCCCAAAGAAAGAGAAUACCUGUUCAACGCCAUCGAGACUCUGCCCUGUGUGAAGAAGAAGGCCGACUGGGCGCUCAACUGGAUCGGAAACAAGAACGCCACCUACGGUGAGCGUGUGGUGGCCUUCGCCGCCGUGGAGGGAAUCUUCUUCUCCGGUUCGUUCGCCUCCAUUUUCUGGUUGAAGAAACGAGGCCUGAUGCCUGGACUGACCUUCAGCAACGAGCUGAUCAGCAGAGACGAGGGUCUCCACUGUGACUUCGCCUGUCUGAUGUUCAAACACCUGCUGAACAAACCGUCCGCGGAGACCGUCACCAAGAUCAUCCGGAACGCCGUGGAGAUCGAACAGGAGUUCCUGACUGAUGCUCUUCCUGUUAAACUCAUUGGGAUGAACUGUGACCUCAUGAACCAGUACAUCCAGUUCGUGGCCGACAGACUGAUGCUGGAGCUGGGCUUCACCAAGAUCUACCAGGUGGAGAACCCCUUCGACUUCAUGGAGAACAUCUCUCUGGAGGGAAAGACCAACUUCUUUGAGAAGCGAGUGGGUGAGUACCAGAGGAUGGGGGUCAUGUCUGGACCCACAGACAACACCUUCAGACUGGACGCAGACUUCUGAGGAACCGCACCAGGACCAGAACUGGACUAGACCAGGUGACGGACCCGCCCACCUCCUGUCCAGGUGGUUCCAGACUCUGCAGACCCGGGUCUGACUCAAACCUGUUUGGACCUUUCCUUGUAAACUAACUGUAGAUGCUUUUAUUCUGAUCCAAACUCUAAUCUCACCUGUUUUUAUUGUUUAUUUGUACAGAAGUUUUUAGUUUUUCUAAUAAAAUGUGAAGGUGCUGAGCCGAC